AUGCUCUCCGGGGACAUUCCGCCCAACAAAACCAUCUACAUUAGGAAUCUCAACGAGAAGGUCAAGAAAGAAGGUGAAUUCCCUUAUUCGACCUAAGUUCUCAGAAUCUCAGAGUCGAUUUUCGGUUCGGUGGGUAUAUUAUUAGGGUUUUUGUGGUGGUGCUGUUCCUUCCUUCUCGUUCCUCGAUGUCUAAUUUUUACUUUUGAAUCGGUUUUCUGCGCGAGGCUGCUUUGUUUUUUGUUGCUGGAUGAGGCUUUGGAUUUACCCUUCGUCUUUGAUAUCGCUGUUCGCAGGACGUGGGUACGCAGUCAAAAACUUCCUUUACUUGUCAGCGGAUUAUUAGUCAAUGUAGUUUUUAAUUUUGGAGGUAAAAAAGCAUAAAAUUUUUAGUGUGGUCCUAAUGAAGCGUGUCCCAAGAUGACUGGUUUUUCCUUUCAUAUUGAAGUACGAAGUUGCGUAUUCUCGUCUUUGUUAGUUAAAAUUUUAUAAACGGAGCCUCGCGUAUGUCGUUCUCCAGUGUUCUCUGAUCCCAGUAUUUCGACAUUCUUCCUUCAAUUUAUUUUCUUUUCUCAUCUGUGAUGACAGAAUUGAAAAGAUCCCUUUACGGGCUAUUCUCGCAGUAUGGAAGGAUUUUGGAUGUUGUUGCCCUGAAAACGGAGAAACUCCGAGGUCAAGCAUGGGUUGUAUUCAGUGAAGUUACUGCUGCGAGUGCUGCAGUUCGCCAGAUGCAGAACUUUCCUUUUUAUGACAAACCAAUGGUGGGUAUGGAGAUGUGAAUAAAAUGCUCUUGAAAUAUCAUCAUCUUAUGUGUUACGCUAACAAUCCAUUCAGAUUAUUAUUUUUCUGUGUAUAUUCCUUCCCUGCCCCCUUUUGUUAAAUUAUUUGUUUUGAUUUUGUGACGCAAUCUCAAGACUAACCCAGUUGAGUUAUUCUCUGAAGCCCUGAUCCGCUGACGUGGAUCUCCCACUCUCUUCUGGUAGUUUCAGUAUGUUGUAGUUACAUGAUUCAUAAACUUGGUUUGAUGGUUUAAUCUAUGAAUUUAUGGAUAAAAGCAUACAAAUAGUCUUGUGUCGUCCUGCUAAGUAAGGUGGAUGUUUUUUAUAUUUCUGUAUUUUAUGCUUUCUCUCAUGAUGUCAAUCCUUAAUUGGCCUUCUGCCUUCUAGCACCCCGCCUGGUUAAACAGGAAGUGUUUCUACACAUGCAUUUAUGUAUAUUGCUUGUCUUUGUGCUAUUGAUCUUCCUGGCUUACUUGGUACAGAGGAUACAGUAUGCCAAGACGAAGUCAGAUUGCAUUGCUAGGGAGGAAGGCACAGAUAAUCCAAAGGAGAAAAGGAAGAAGCAAGAAGAAAAAGGUCAGUCAUUGAGCAGAUAAUCAAAAGUCAUCUGCUUAUAUUUCUCUUGAGAAACUUGUUGGUAGGCUACAUGCCAUUAAAGAGGAAAAUACAAGUACUUUUACGCAUAUAUCUCCCGUAUUCGUAUCCUAACAGUCUGAGAACUACGUCACUGAAGGUUGCCGGUGGAACCUUCAGUGACGUAGUACAUUGCUGCACCGUUUUUUCUCAAAAUUUGUGAUGAAUGGCGGAGUCUUUUUCUAGAAACAAGCAAGUCAUUUAACCACCAUAGGUUUACAAUCCUUUCUCAAUAACUAGUGAAUUCCACCUGCAGAUCUGUGAAAAACGAAGGAAUCUACUUUGGACGUAUGUCCCCUAUCUUUUGCAAAUUCCUCCCCCACUCGGUACAAUGCUAGAUUGCCAGUAGGUUUAACCUGUUCAGGAUCACCUAUUUCAAUUAUUAAUGCAGAAGCACAGUUUACUAGAGGACCCAAAGAUAGAAGCGCUCCGUAGCUUCCCUCAGCAAAAAAAUAAAAAAAUAAAAAAUGUAAGUUCAUGUAUGGUUGGCAUGGGUAUAGAUGACCACAAGUUCGGAGGCUGAAAAUGGCAAAUUAUUAUGGAAGAAUUAGACUUUGAAGAUGUAUGCGACUUCUAUAGACGACAAGAUUUUGGUUUCUAUACCCUGAAAGGACGACUAAUGCUCCGUAUCCCUCUAGGCAUCCAUUAGCAUACCAAUCUUACAAACCUUGGCCAUCGGUUUCCAUAAAACUUAAGAGGGACAAACAGGGAACUCAUGUGGUGAAUGUCUUCUAUGAGAUCCCUCAUAUACAAUGUGCUAGAAAAGUAUCUCAAAAUUAGACUAAUCUUGGCGAUAUGUAGUUUCAAACCUUGUUAUAAUCGGUAGGUUUCAGCAAAUUAAAGUCGAUAUUAAUCGUUGUUGCUGGGAAAAUGGGCGCUUGAGCGUCAGAGGUACAGCAGUCAUUUGCUGCAGCAACCCGAGUCACAAAAAUGAAGACCACCUUUGAAAAUAUGUUUAGAGGGCAGCAAUACCCUUGAGUAAGCGUUGAAUGACUGGUGCGCAUAUCAUCGUUGCUUGAUGAAAGUAAGAAAAAUCUUCACCAGCCAUUAGACAUCACCUAGGAAUCUUGUUCUCUCCUUGUCUUCUGUAAUCCCCAUCCUUCAGAUCCUUCUCCCUUUUGCUCUAAACUCCUCCCUCUCCCUGCCACCCACCCUUGAAACCCCAAGUGACCUUGGAACUAUGAAAAAUCUACCAAUUUCAUAUGGUCCUAUGCGAAUACAGGCUCAAUUCCAUAUGCAUGCUUUUCUUUAAAUCUCGAUGGCAGCUGAAAAGAAGCGGAAAGCCGAAGAAGUGCAGCGAUCUGGAGCUGCCGCCGGCGGUCCUCAUGCUCAGACUAAUGGGGUGAGGAGCUCUUAGUUUUUGAUCAGAUGGCAUUUGAUACAAUGUUGACCCUCAUGAAAUUAUGAAUAACAUAUGUGGGGACUACACUCAACAGGCUUCUCAGGCGUUCCAAGGGAAGCCUGGCGGCGCCCAAGACGCCGUCACCACCCCGAACAACAUCCUCUUCAUCCAGAACCUGCCUCAUGAGACCACAAGCAUGAUGCUCCAGAUCCUCUUCCAGCAGUACCCCGGCUUCAGGGAGGUCCGGAUGAUCGACGCCAAGCCCGGCAUCGCCUUUGUCGAAUUCGAGGACGACGUCCAGUCCUCCAUCGCCAUGCAGUCUCUCCAGGGCUUCAAGAUCACCCCCCACAAUCCCAUGGCCAUCUCCUACGCCAAGAAGUAA